CGUAGAAGUCUAACCUUGAACCAACUCAUAUGGUGAGUUAGCCAAUAGUUUUAUUUAGUUUGAAUUAAAUAAUUAAUACUUUGUUCUGUAGCAAGGUGAGAUGAGAUCCUUGUUUAGGGGGUUGUCCUUAUCCGUUGAUGAAAAUAAUAAAUCAUCAAGUAGAAAGUUGAAGGAAGGUUAAAAUGGAAAACACAGAGGAAAACAAGUCCAAGGUAGUGGUGAUUGAUUCUUUGCAAUCAUGGGAGUUUCAUGUCAACCAAGCUUCUAAUCAGAAUUCUCCUAUUGUUGUUCACUUUACUGCUUCAUGGUGUAUGCCAUCAGUGGCUAUGAUUCCAUUUUUUGAAGAAUUCGCAUCAGAUUAUCCAGAUUUUCUGUUUCUCUCCGUUGAUGUUGAUGAAGUCAAGGAGGUGGCCACCAAGAAUGAUAUAAAGGCAAUGCCAACAUUUUUGUUGUUGAAGGAUGGUGCUCCAUCGGACAAGAUAGUUGGUGCUAAUCCAGAGGAGAUUAAGAAAAGGAUAGAGGGAUUUGUUCAGUCCACUCGUGCAUCAAUUGCCUAGUACAAGCUUCUGUAUGAUAUUUUUUUCUUUGCAAGUUGUAAGAAGUGUGUUUUGUGGUCCUGUACUAUAACAUCUUGGUCAAUUCCUUUUCAUUUGUGAUAUGUCAAUUCUUCAUGUUUUGUUUCCUAGUUCCAUUAGCUCAAUGCUUAAGCUAAUUGGUUACUUUUGUUUACAGUUUUUGUGUCAGCCAAAAUUUGUAUAUUUUGUUUGUUUUCAAUGUUGUGGAUAUAUAUUACUCUAUUGAUUGAAAGUCAUGUUUAUUGUCCCUGAUUAA